CGGCGCUGCGGGAGCCACUCUCCGCCUGGGCUCCGGCUGCCUCAGCGAGAAGCUCGUGGCCCGCCGGGAGGAGGCUGCCCUUGGCCCGCCAGCCAGUCGAGGAGAGCCGCCCAGCCGCCCAUUCUUUCCCGGGCCCCGCGCGGCCCUGCCGGGCUCCCGCUCCGCCGCCCGGCCCAGGAGGGACCCAGCCCAGCGUGUUUGAAAGUCUGCACCUUGGAGAACAAGUGAGACCCCGCCACCUUCUCUCGUUUUGCAAACAGGCACCGAAGCUGCACACCCUCAUGGCGUCUGAGAGCUCAGUGGUCAUCCAGUAGCAGGAGAACUGGGAUGUUUACCUGGAAGUGCCUCAUUCUUUGGGCUGUGCUGGUCACAGCCACACUGUCCAUGGCAAGACCAGCACAAACUCUGCCUGAGCAAGUUCUGCCCAAAGCAAGCAUUGAAGUGGAGUCUUAUUCAGCUCACCCUGGUGACCUCCUCCAGUUGCGCUGCCGGCUACGGGAUGAUGUGCAGAGCAUCAACUGGGUACGAGAUGGGGUCCAGCUCUCGGAGAACAACCGGACGCGCAUCACAGGGGAGGAGGUGGAGGUUAGGGACGCCGUGCCAGAGGACUCAGGGCUUUAUGCCUGCAUGACCAACAGCCCCUCUGGAAGCGAGACCACCUACUUCUCCGUGAACGUCUCAGAUGCUCUUCCAUCUGCUGAAGACGAUGACGAUGACGACGAUUCUUCCUCGGAGGAGAAGGAGGCAGAUAACUCCAGACCAAAUCAAGCCAUUCCGCCUUACUGGACGUACCCUGAGAAGAUGGAGAAGAAGCUUCAUGCUGUUCCCGCUGCCAAGACCGUGAAGUUUAGGUGCCCCUCAAGUGGGACACCCACCCCUUCGCUGCAUUGGCUGAAGAAUGGCAGGGAAUUCAAGCCUGACCAUCGUAUAGGUGGAUAUAAGGUCCGUCAUGCCACCUGGAGCAUCAUCAUGGACUCGGUUGUGCCAUCAGAUAAAGGCAACUACACCUGCAUUGUGGAGAACAAGUACGGAACCCUAAACCAUACCUACCAGCUUGACGUCGUUGAGAGAUCACCUCACCGGCCUAUCUUACAAGCUGGGCUCCCGGCUAACAAGACCGUCUCCCUGGGUAGCAACGUUGAAUUUGUUUGCAAAGUCUACAGUGACCCUCAGCCCCACAUCCAGUGGUUGAAGCACAUUGAGGUCAAUGGGAGCAAGAUUGGGCCAAAUAACUUGCCUUAUGUGCAGGUCUUGAAGAGCUCGGGAAUUAAUAGCUCCGAUGCGGAGGUGCUGACCCUGUAUAAUGUGACAGAGGCUGAGAGUGGGGAGUAUGUUUGUAAGGUUUCCAAUUAUAUUGGUGAGGCUAACCAGUCUGCGUGGCUGACCGUCACCAGACCCAUGGCUGAAGCUAUUGAAGACAAGCCAGCUAUGAUGGCCUCCUCUCUGUACCUGGAGAUCAUCAUUUACUGCACAGGGGGCUUCCUCAUCUCCUGCAUGAUUGUGACCGUCAUCAUAUACAAGAUGAAGAGCACCACAAAGAAGUCGGAUUUCAACAGCCAGCUGGCUGUGCAUAAGCUGGCCAAGAGCAUCCCCUUGCGCAGACAGGUAACAGUAUCAGCUGAUUCAAGUUCUUCCAUGAACUCUGGUGUGAUGCUUGUGCGCCCCUCACGGCUUUCCUCCAGUGGGAUCCCAAUGCUGGCAGGUGUCUCUGAAUACGAGCUGCCAGAAGACCCCCGUUGGGAGCUUCCCAGAGACAGGCUGAUUCUGGGCAAACCUCUGGGGGAAGGCUGCUUUGGGCAGGUGGUGCUUGCUGAGGCCAUCGGGCUAGACAAAGACAAGCCAAACCGAGUGACCAAAGUGGCAGUGAAGAUGCUCAAAUCCGACGCCACGGAAAAAGAUCUGUCUGACUUGAUCUCUGAGAUGGAGAUGAUGAAGAUUAUUGGCAAGCACAAGAACAUCAUCAAUCUCCUGGGAGCUUGUACUCAGGAUGGGCCGCUCUAUGUGAUCGUGGAGUAUGCAUCCAAAGGGAACCUGAGGGAAUACCUGCAGGCUCGGCGCCCCCCAGGCAUGGAAUAUUGCUACAACCCCACCCACAUCCCAGAGGAGCAGCUCUCUUUCAAAGACCUGGUAUCCUGCGCGUACCAAGUGGCCAGAGGCAUGGAAUACCUGGCGUCCAAGAAGUGCAUUCACCGUGAUCUGGCUGCCAGGAAUGUGUUGGUGACAGAAGACAGUGUGAUGAAGAUUGCUGAUUUUGGCCUGGCUCGAGACAUUCAUCACAUAGACUAUUACAAAAAGACAACCAACGGUCGCUUGCCAGUCAAGUGGAUGGCCCCUGAGGCUUUAUUUGACAGGAUCUACACGCACCAGAGUGACGUGUGGUCCUUCGGGGUUCUGCUGUGGGAGAUCUUCACGCUGGGAGGGUCGCCAUACCCAGGAGUGCCAGUGGAAGAGCUUUUCAAGCUGCUGAAAGAGGGUCACCGAAUGGACAAGCCCAGCAACUGCACCAAUGAGCUGUACAUGAUGAUGCGAGAUUGCUGGCAUGCUGUUCCCUCCCAGAGACCCACAUUUAAGCAACUGGUAGAAGACUUAGACAGGAUUGUGGCCAUGACCUCUAACCAGGAAUACCUGGACCUUUCCAUGCCAUUGGACCAGUAUUCUCCUAGUUUUCCAGACACCCGCAGCUCCACCUGCUCUUCAGGAGAGGACUCUGUGUUUUCCCACGACCCCCUCCCCGAUGAACCUUGCCUCCCCAAGCACCCACCUCAGCUUGCCAAUGGAGGACUCAAAAGGCGCUGAGACUGCAACUUCUGUGGGACGUUUGCAAACCCUCCGUGUACACAAGCGUAGCGUGUUUGUGUGCAUGUGUUGAGGAGUGUGUGUGUGCACUUCGCUUCCAGCUGGACUGGUGGUGGAGCACCGCAUGGGGCAGCCAUCAGCCCCCUUCCAGCUGCCAUAGUCAUGAUCUGCAGAGACUCCAUUUUGAAUAACCAAACCCACACCGCCCCCUUCUUCUCAAAGCUGCCAUGAUUGCAAGUCCUUGACCUCUGGAAGAGGAGCUCACAGGGAAUCUGUGCUUGAAUAUUUCCCAUGAACUUAAGUUGAACUGCAUCCCCUGCCCCCCUUUUGGCCAGUGACAAAACAAAAAGGCAGAGCCAGACACCUGGGCUUCAAGAGCAACCUGCUGCCACUUCUCUGAAAAGGACUCUGGGGAGAACAACAUUCCUUUGAAGAGAGGGGGCAUUUUCUGCUCUCUACUUCCAAAUGCAAGCAACACAACCUCUUCACAGCUCAAGAAGCCGACAGCUAAGCCUGAGGUGCAAAGCCUGUGGCCCAAGGACACUCUGGAUUCAGCUCUCAACUGGGAAGUCUUAAAUUCAGCCAAGCAGCAGCAGCACCUGGGGCUGGAGGGCCUGCUGCGUCUGUGAUGCCAGUCGGGAUGGCGCAGCGCACUUCUGCGCAUGCUUGUGCUGGGACCAAGCCUUCUAGCCCAGCAGGACUUCCUCCCAGGAAAACAGGCAUAGGGCACAGCCCUGGUUUGUGCUUUGUGGACCAAACUUGGGAAGUGACCAGGGACCCCAAAGCCUGGGGUAUCUUCACAGCACUUGACGCGAAACAGAGAGGAUGCAGCCCAACAAAGCCAGUGCUCGGAAGAGUCUUUUUUUUUUUAAUUAAACAAGCUUAUGUACAUAGCUGCAAAAUGUAUAAAUAUGAAAUAUAUAUUUACAUGUCUUUUUUUAAAGAAAAUUUGCUGUUUACCAGAGUUAAUAUCACUUUGGUAGUAAGUUACUAGUGGCUGGUAGGUAUCAGUUGCUAUAAAAACAAAUCAUAUAUUUUGCUACUUUUGCUGGUUUUUUGUUUUGUUUUAAAUUAUGUUCUAAAACUUAUUUCAGUUUAGGUACUUCAAUAAAAUUGCUGCUGCUUCAGUUUUAUAUGGGGUUAUAUUAAACAGUGAUUUUUGUUGGUUAAUGUUGAUUUCCCUUUGGAAAGCUGUUAUGAAAUUAUCUCCCUCCUUUCUUAGGCUCCUCCUCCCUUGCCCUGCCAUUGAUUUCUGUCCCGGCCACCGAGUGCAGCCUUUGGAUUUGGUGCCCAGCAGGAGGACAGUCAGUUCACCUUAUUGGCGCAAAAAAAGGGUGUCUGUGUGCCAAUGGUUCAGUUUCUAGGUUCAGAAUCUUGGUCCGCAGUGGGGCUGAAGCCCCAUGAGGACGAGGAACCCUUUUCCAGCCGUGUCUGUGCAUUUCUUUGAUGUUUUGCAGGUAGAAAUGGCUCUUGCCCUUUUGGGGGUAGAAAGUGAUGUUGCCGGAGCAAGCUCUUCCCAGCUGAGUUUUGACAUCCUUUUGCUCUGGCAACUUGGAACCCAGAGCAAGACCAGCUCAAGAGCUGCCUCUGGCCCUGCUUCAGAAUUCUCAUGAUGCUUGGGUCAGCCCCAGCUUCUCGUUUUGUCCAAACAAACUUUUCCCCGCCCAGGCAGUGCCAAGGAAGAACUCCACGAGUGCCUUAAAAUGAGCUGUGGAAACUUGCAUGUCCGUACAAGAUGAGAGGAAGUGCACUCGUCCCUCCCUAUCUUCCAUGGGAGCAACCUAGCAAAUUAGUCAGAAUUCUUCAUUUCCUACCAGUUCUUUUCCAAUAGCUAGUUUGGCCCUGAAGCCUUAUCCGGGUCUCCUCUAAAGCAGCCAGGAACACCUGAACUGGAACUGCACAUUUUGGGCCAGGAGGUGGGGCGAGACCAUUCCUUGUGCCCAGUGCUAUUUUUCAAGAAAAAGAGACACCAGAACUCACCAUGAAUGCAUCCUGUGUUCUCUUAGAAUGGCGAUGGUGCCCACCUGAGAGGGGCCAGAACUGAGUUCCGGCUGGAAAAAAAACCCUGUUUGCACCAAUACUUUAAGCUCUUCCAGCACUCACUAUAUUAGCCAUUGCCUACCUGGUGCCCUCCAGAUGUGUUGGGUUACAGCUGCCAUCAGCUGGGGUUGGUGGCCAUUACAGCCAAAAACAUCUGGAAGGCACCAUGUUGGGAAGACUGCUCUAAUUUUCACGUUCCCCAAAUAAUCGACAUGGCCCUUGGCUUCCAGAAUGGCAUGCAGACUCCCAAGCCCUCUUCCUGCUUUCUCCCCCAGUCUAGACUAAGAAACAAGAGUUUGCUUUCUGUUCCUCAGUGGUAUCUUGGAAGCCAGAGCCAUGCCAGUCAUACUUGAAAGCUUGCCCUGCCUUUGUAUAGAGUCAGAUUACUGUGCUUUUUAAAAAUUCUGUAACAAAUUUGGUGGCAUUGUAAUUUAUUUUUUAUUUUUAAAGAUUUUAACAGAGUCCUGCAACCCUCCUUGACAUUAGCUGAUAUUCUUGUUCCCUCUCCCCUUUGUGUGCCUUCUUUUUCUUAUGGGGAAAAUGAGAAUAAACCAUGCAAAUUUA